AUGUCUAAGCAACUUCUUUUCACCGGUGCUACCGGGUUCAUCGGAGGCACGGUGCUUUCCCAGCUCCUCGACUCUUCCUACCCUGAUAUCCGAGACCUCUCGAUAACUGCGCUGGUUCGAAGGCAAGAUCAAGCUGAUCUUUUGAAAGGAAAGGGCAUCAACGCAAUCCUAUUCAAGGAUCUUGACGACUCAUCUCGGUUGAAAGAGGUGGCCAGCGGAUACGAUUAUGUCAUUCACACUACACAUGGCCAUCAUACUGGCUCAGCCGUAGCUCUGGUGGAAGGUCUCGCCGAGCGCAAGAAGCAGACUGGCAGAGAUGUCUACUUCAUCCACACGUCAGGGACUUCCAACUUGGCGCAACCAACCAUCAACAAAAAGGCUGUCGAAGCCCGUGAAUGGUCCGAUAAAGACCAAGUCUUCGAGUUCGAGGAGCAGGAAGAGGCAAAAGAGGCUUAUGCUCAACGCACAACCGAGAUUGCUGUCAUCAAAACGGCUGAGCGCACUGGUGUAAAGUCUUACAUCAUGAUGCCCCCAACCAUCUACGGCCGUGGAACAGGUUUUUUCAACCAAGGCUCCAUGCAGAUACCUAGCAUCAUUCGCGGCGCCAUUCAACUGGGCUAUUCGCCGUAUAUAAAUGACGGCUCUUGCAGUCUUGGGCACGUCCAUGUGACGGAUCUGGCUCUUUUGUAUGAGCUUGUUCUAAGCAAGAUACUAGCUGGAGAAGACAUUCCUUCAGGCCGAAGGGGUAUCUACUUUUCCAACACCGGCAGCCACAAUUGGCUUGAGAUUGCGACAGAGGUUGGGAAGGCUGGUGUCAGACUUGGUGCACUGGAAUCUGCGGAGCCGCGAUCCAUCUCAUUUGACGAGGCUCGCUCCACGUUUCUAAAUGCGCCUUCUCAGAUCAUUGAGAUGAACUAUGCAGCCAACUCCGCGACAACGCCAGCCUUGGCCGCUGAGCUGGGGUGGAAACCGAGGAAGACCGAGCAAGACUGGGAAGAGUCCUUUGUUGAAGCUUUUCAAAUGGUCCUCAAUGAAAGGGAGUAG